GUCUUGGCUGUAAGCAUGCCUCUCUUCAUCAUUAUUUUGUUCUUGAUUUCUUGGCCCUUCAGCUCUGUGCGUCUCUGCGCGCCUGUCAGUGUGCUUAUCCCGGGCAUGAGACUCACUCCUGGCAAAACUCUCACCUCCGACCAAGGUUCGUUCUCCUUUGGCUUCUUUUCCCCCUCAAAUUCAACUCAAAAUACGUAUGUUGGCAUAUGGUUCAACGACAUCCCAUUGCACACCAUCGUCUGGGUUGCCAACCGCGAUAACCCGGUCAGAAAUGCUUCAUCUGCGAUGCUUGGUAUGACCGACAACUCCAGCCUUGUGUUAUCUGAAAGCAAUGGCCAGCACAUACUCUGGAUGGCAAACACGGUCACUAGCAACAACUCGUCGGUUAAACUUCUCAACAACGGAAACCUUGUAGUCCUAUCGUCAAAUGGUUCGAUGUUAUGGCAGAGCUUUGAAAACCCAAGCGACAGCGUCCUUGCUGGCAUGCCUAGGCGGACAACCCACAAGACCCACCCACCAUGGCGGAUCAUCUCUUGGAGGGGGCCUGAAGAUCCAUCAAAAGGCCGGUUCUCUGCUGGAAAUGACCUUAACACUCCCCUACAGUUUUUUGUCUGGGAUGGGUCAGUGCCAUACUGGCGUGCUCCGGUAGGGACCGGUUAUGUAUCCUCCAACAUGGGCCUCCAGACCAUUAGUUCGCUCAUGUAUUUGACGGUUUACAGGGGCAGUGAUGGCGAGUCCUAUGCAACAUUUGGACUAUCAGAUGGCUCCUCCAGGAUAUUGUACACGAUUGACUACACCGGGAAGGCCAUGUUAUUGAGAUGGAAUACCAGCUUGACAAAUUGGACCCCCAUCCCAUCAAUGCCCUGGCCAGCCUACCAGUGCAAUUUCUACGGAUAUUGCGGUGCAUACGGCUACUGCGACAACACAGAGGCAAUUCCCGCAUGCAAGUGCCUUGAUGGUUUUGACCCCAGUGACAAAACAGAGUGGGUUACAGGAAAUUUUUCUCAAGGUUGCCGGCGGAAGGAUGCACUACAGUGUGGUGGAGGAGACGGUUUCUUGACCUUGCCGGUAAUGAAGGUGCCAGACAAAUUUCUACGCCUGUGGAACAAAAGCUUUGCUGACUGCGCAAUGGAAUGCAGCAGAAAUUGCUCAUGUCUAGCGUAUGCUUAUGCUAAUCUAAGCACCAGUGACAUUGAUGGGGAUGCAACAAGGUGCCUGAUUUGGACUGGGGAGCUGAUUGAUGUGGAGAAGGGUGGCGACAUCGGUACGGAGAACCUGUAUCUCCGGCUUGCAGGCUUGUCAAGUAAAGAGCGAAAGAGCAUCAUAGUAAAAGUUGUACCAGCAAGUCUAUUGCUGAUUCUUUUAUUGGUAUGCCUUGUAUGGUUCCUCAGGUUUAAAGGCAAACAUGACAAGCAAGGAUGUCCAAACAGAUGGAUAGUGGAGGAUCUGAGUAUCACUGAUGGACUCGGAGAGGAAACUUGUGAUGUUCCAUUUAUUAGCUUUGAGGAAAUAGUGGUUGCAACAAAUAACUUUUCUAUGUCCAACUUACUUGGACAAGGUGGCUUUGGCAAAGUUUACAAGGGGCUCUUUCAUGGAGACAAGGAAGUUGCUGUUAAAAGGCUUAGUAGAGGUUCCGGACAGGGGGCGAUAGAGUUCAGGAAUGAAGUAGUCGUAAUUGCUAAAUUGCAACAUAAAAACCUUGUACGGCUUAUUUGUUAUUGUGUGCAGGGCGAUGAAAAGCUACUUAUUUAUGAGUAUCUGCCAAACAAAAGCCUGGACACCUUCCUUUUCAAUUCGGAAAAAAAGCUAAUGCUUGAUUGGACGACACGAUUCAAUAUAAUAAAAGGAGUGGCUAGGGGACUACUCUAUCUCCAUCAAGAUUCAAGAUUGAUGAUAAUUCACAGGGAUCUCAAAACAAGCAACAUUUUGCUAGAUGGAGAUAUGAAUCCCAAGAUAUCUGAUUUUGGCAUGGCAAAAAUCUUUUGUGGAGAUGAGCAACAAGCGAAUACUAACCGAGUUGUGGGAACAUACGGUUAUAUGUCUCCGGAAUAUGCGAUGGAAGGCCUCUUUUCUGUUAAGUCUGAUGUCUACAGCUUUGGAGUAUUGCUCUUGGAAACUGUAAGUGGUCUAAGGAUUAUCUCAAGCCAGAACAUCAAGGAGUUCCCCAACCUUAUAAUAUAUGCAUGGAAUCUAUGGAGAGAAGGGCUAGCAAAUGAUCUGGUGGAUCCAUCUAUCUCAGAGAGCUGCUCGACUGCAGAGGUUUUAUGUUGCAUCCAUGUUGGGCUCCUGUGUGUUCAGGAUGAUCCGGAUGCUAGACCACCCAUGGCAACCGUUGUGUCUGUCUUGGAGAGUAGAAGCACACAAAUUGCGACACCUGAUAAGCCACUGUAUUUAUCCCAAAGAAAUAAGGUGCCAAAGAAAAAAGACUACGUUCAGGACUCUGUAGAUAUGGGGACUCUUACAGUGAUAGAGGGGCGCUAGGGUCUUUUAAGUUUUUAUUCAAAUUUCGGCCGUGACUUGCUUCUCAAGUGUGCCAAACAAAUAGCUAAAGGGUUGAGCUGCCAGUGCAAUCACACA